CAGGGACCCGGCGGGCGCCCCAGCCCAGACCUCGCCGCGCCGCGCCCCGCUCACAGCCUCUGCGCCUCGCUCCGCUCCGACAUGGCAAAAAUGUCCAGCCCUACAGAGACCGAGCGGUGCAUCGAGUCUCUGAUUGCUGUUUUCCAGAGGUACGCUGGAAAGGACAGCAACAGCUUCACCCUCUCCAAGACGGAGUUCCUCACCUUCAUGAACACGGAACUGGCUGCCUUCACAAAGAACCAGAAGGACCCCGGUGUCCUUGACCGCAUGAUGAAGAAACUGGACCUCAACUCUGAUGGGCAGCUAGAUUUCCAAGAAUUUCUUAAUCUUGUCGGCGGCUUGGCGGUAGCUUGCCAUGAUACCUUUAAGCGUUCCCAGAAGUUUGUCUGAAGAACCCUUGGAGCUGGCCUCCAGCCCCAGCCCCUUUCCUUCAAGCUUCCCAGUCAUCAUCAUUUUCUCACAGACCACACACACCCUGAGCCCAGCGUACCUGCCACCCCAUGCAGGCCGCUUCUGCUGGUAGUAAUAAAACAUAUUUUUUAAAACACA